CUGUUAAUCGAUUUCUAUUUGGGUCAAUGUUUUGAUAGCAUUAUUUCACAAAAUACAUUAAAUAAACAAACUGAAUAAUAAAUGUGAAAAAAUAGAUUAAACCAAAUUACCAGCUUGCGUCAUUCUAGUAAAUGGAAUUUGUCUGUCUAUAAACUUUAUAUCUAUAGUCAGUUUUCGUAAAUCUAACCAAUAAAAUGCAUAACGUUCACAGUCAAAUCCAGUAUUUCAAAUUUAACAAAAGGCCUGAAAAAUUCUCACCAUUUUUUCGAAUAUUUCCUCAUAAAUCAGGCAAAUAUCGCUUUUAUAGCACUCUUUUGCUAUUUCUUCUGCUAGCAAUUUGGUGUUUGAGAACCAGAACUGAAAAUAUUCGUCGUAUGGAUACAGUGCAGCUUUUCGACCUAAUAAUAAACUCUGUGGCACCAUUUUGUAUUAUAUUGUCAAUUAUACGCUGGAAUGCCCAAAAACGCAAAAUUCAACGCUUGUUUGAAAUUUUGACAGUGAUUAACAGAGAAGUUCAUCGAUAUAAAUUCAAGACGCGUUACAAAUUAAAAAUGAAAUUAGCUUGUAUGCAACUGUUGAUCUUAUCGUUCAUAGGUUGCGAAGUUGUUGUCAGUCUGUGGACCUCCGGCUUUCAUUUUUUUAUUAAAUACAUUCCCGCGUACUUCAACGUUUAUACAGUCGUUCUAGUAAUUUUACAGUACGACUUUAUAAUCACAAUUCUUCAGCAAGACUGUGUCGCUUUAAACGACAAAUUAUCAGAAUUAUCUGUGCAGUUAAUAACUUAUCAGAAAGUAACAUCUAACACUCUACGUCCGAUUUUGAUACAAAAUAUCGAUAUAAAAUUUUUUUCGAGAAAUUACAAACGUAUACAGGACGCAGUCGGAUUAAUUAACGAAAUUUUUGGGGUUCAAAUUCUUCUUACUUUUGCCAUUAUAAUGGUAUUUAUAUGCAGAACUCUUAAUAUUAUUUUGAAUUUUUUAUUGAAUUUUGCUCAUGACAAUAGGUCUCGUAUUCCUCUGACAGUUACAAAUCUGUGGGGUAGUACUGUGUUUGUGUGUUUUGGUUUUAUAAUAUCGGCAACAUGUUCAAGUGCUGUUUAUGCAAUGAAGCAAACAUCAUUUAUUGUUUGGAAAGUGUUGGUCUCACUACGUUCGGUUAACAGUGGUGAUAAACACAAAACAAGCAUUUUCGAAGAAGAUUUAAUACUUUUUGCUGCAAUAUCGACUAAUGGAAUGGCAACUUUUUCUGCCGCUGGUUUUUACAACGUCGAUUUUAGUGUUUUAUUUUCCAUGCUUAGUUUUAUUUCUGCCUUUGUUAUACUUUCGAUGCAGUUAUUUUCUUCAGUUGUGACUGACCGGAACGCACAUUUUAAACACUAAUUAAAUUAAAACCACACAAAUAAUGUAAUUGUUCGUUAACAGUCGCAACUGUACAAAACUUACGUCACUAAAAAAUGUAGGGAACCAAAAUUUUUGUACAGUAGUAGGUAAUGUAUGCAAUUAAAACUUUAAUUUAAUUGGUGGUCAAGCAAAAUGUUUAUACCAUUACUAAUUGGAAAUAACAAAUAGACAUUUAACUACAGGAGUAAAAAAGAUAUCACAUACUUAUCAUGUAAACUAAUGCAGUCUGGUCAAGGACGGGAUCUACUUUAGUAAGAGAUUUUGUUUACAAUUUCAGAAGUGAAUCUAUUUUGUCGGGACUCAAUGUUAAUACACUUUCGGAGUUCCAGUUUAGUGAAGCAGAUGUUGAAAGUCUCUGAAGAGGCUAAAACCAAAAAUGAUUGCUGGUCCUGAUGUUAUACCAUCUUUUCUUUUGAAAGAUUGUGUAGUUUUGCUGGUAUUAACCAUAAUUUACUAUUUCUGAAAACCAGUGUUUGGUCUAAUCUACUCCUUCCACACCGAUCAAUAUACAGUUAAUAAUAUUAAUAGCAAUGAAAUAGCUGUUUGCUACGCAGAUUUAAAAUAAGUCUCUCUUUUGCAUUGGUUGAGUAACUAUAAUUGGGGCUUAGCUUGCUGUGUUACUAUUACGUUAUUAAUAUUAUUGUGUAAUGGAACUUAGUUUUGAAAAGAGAAGAGUGGGCUGAUUAAAAAAAGCGUUGACAGAAAGAAAAUAGUA